GGAAAUGUAAACAUGUGAGACAGGAAAGAUGUUUAUCUAUGACUUGUAGAUAUUAGCCUAUGUUAGGCCUUUUUCGAUAUUUUUUUGAGUAACAUUGAAAAACGACUUGUCAGGACCAGCAGGACAACGAGGCCGCUUUCAGAACCUCCAGGACCCUCUCUGCCCAGAAUGCAAGCAGCUCCAAAACAAUGGCAGGAUUCCAGGAGCCACCGACCAAGAAGCAAAAAACUGAGAACAGGUUUUUGGGAAGCCACAUGCCCGUACAGCAGUCCCCCAUCAGAAAUGGUGUUGGAGGCGGUUUUAACAAGGGAAACAACAACCACGGGAAAGGCUCUCCCUUCCAAAAGAACGCCCCAGGCCAGAAUGGGUUCAUGAAUGGCAAUGCGAAGAACACCGAACACCUGAAGAAUAUUGUGAAGCAGAGGCACGCCCUCCCCAUAUUCCCCACACGAGCCAGACUGCUAGAGGAGUUGAAAAAAAACGAGACAGUGAUUGUUAUCGGUGAAACAGGCAGCGGAAAGACAACACAGAUCCCACAGUAUCUGCAUGAGGAGAGAUGGGACAAGAAGGGAGGAAUUUGUGUCACCCAGCCCAGGCGAGUUGCUGCAAUCUCUGUGGCCAAGCGGGUUGCAGAAGAGAUGAAUGUGCAGAUAGGGGGUCUGGUGGGCUAUUCUGUGAGAUUUGAGGAGUGUGUGUCUCCUGGAACAAAAUUGAAGUAUGUAACAGAUGGUAUGUUGUUAAGGGAAGCUAUAUCAGAUCCAUUGCUCAGUAAGUAUAACUGGGUCAUUCUUGAUGAGGCCCAUGAACGGACUAUAAGCACUGAUGUGUUGUUUGGCAUUGUAAAAGAUGCCCAGAAGAAGAGAAAGCAACUUGAGAAAGAUAACUUGAAAGUGAUAGUUAUGUCAGCCACCAUGGAUGUUGAUCACUUUAGUCAGUACUUCAAUAAAGCUAAGGUAUUGUACAUUGAGGGACGACAGCACCCUGUGGAAAUGCUGUACGCCAGAGAAAAGCAGGAUGAUUAUGUGUUGUCUGCCAUGAGCACAGUCUUCCAGAUACAUAAGGAGGCUCCAGCACAACAUGACAUUUUGAUCUUCCUAACAGGACAGGAGGAGAUUGACUCCGUCACCCAUAGCAUCCGGCAGGUAGCAAAGGACAACAGCUUAGCAGAGUUCCCCAGAAUGAGAGUCCUUCCCCUCUAUGCUGCCCUACCAUCGACCCAGCAACUAGAUGUCUUCAGAGUGACAGCACCAGGAGAGAGGAAGGUGAUUGUGAGUACAAACAUUGCAGAAACCUCCAUCACCAUUCCUGGAAUCAAAUAUGUGAUUGACUCGGGAAGAGCAAAAAUAAGGUCAUAUAAUCCGGUCAAUGGUUUCGACUCCCUCAAAGUCAGAAAGAUCUCACAGGCACAGGCAUGGCAAAGGACAGGCCGUGCUGGAAGAGAAACUGCUGGGUUCUGCUAUCGAAGUUACACACUAGAGGAGUUCAAUGCGAUGGAGGUGAAUCCUGUCCCAGAGAUCCUGCGCUCAAAUCUUGCCAGUGUGAUUCUCCAGCUGCUGGCCAUGGGUAUCAAGAAUAUCCUUACCUUCGACUUCAUUGAUAAGCCAAGUCCAGCGAGUAUCAAGCAGGCUGUUGAGCAGUUAACCUUGUUGGAGGCUGUUGUUAUGAAGGCAGGCCAGUUGGAGCUGACAGACUUGGGCAAGAAGAUGGCACAGUUUCCCCUUGAACCCCGUUAUUCAAAAGUGAUUCUCUCAGGCCCACAGUAUGGCUGUACUGAUGAGGUCCUGUCUGUUAUUGCUAUGCUGUCAGGGGAAUCCAUUUAUGUCAACCCUAGUGGAAAGAAGGAAAUGGCUGCUAAUGUUCGGCGCAAAUUUUUGUCUGUAGAAGGCGAUCAUGUUACAAUGCUCAAAAUCUUCAGAGCAUUUAGAGGCUCAAAAGAAAACAAGAUGUGGUGUCACGAGAACUUCCUGAACCAUCGAAACCUGAAAUAUGCUUUGGAAGUGCGGAAGCAGUUACAUCAAGUCUGCCAGAGAAAUAAUGUUACUUUAGUUUCUUGUAACCAAGAUAUGGAUGCUCUCAGAAGAUGCCUUGCUGCUGGACUCUUCACAAACAUUGCUGAGCUCCAGCUGGAUGGGAAGUACCUGUCACUUGAUACCAGGCAAGAGUGUUCCAUUCACCCAACAUCUGUCUUGUUUGGAGGAAAACCCGCGUACAUCCUCUUUACUGAACUGGUCCAUACUGGCAAGAUGUACAUGCACAUCAACUCGGCAAUGGAUGCGCAGUGGCUGUUUGAGGUUGCCCCGGAGUACUUCAGAAAACGGCAUAUCAAGAAAAUGUGAAAUAAGAGAUGUGGAAUACCAACUGGACAUACCUUUUUGUAGGCCUACAUGUGAUACAAGUUUAGUUUGUUGUUCCUUGUGCCGUGAUAUAUUUGCAUCAACAGUGUCAGAAAAAAUGCAUUUGCUACCUUCCCCGCCAAAGGUCUGUGUGAACAAUGUAGUAUUGAGCCUCUGCCAGUUUUUCCCACUUGGACCUAAUUGUCUCCUGAGAAACCUCGCCUCCUAUUGUGUUAUUGGACAGCUGUCUUUCCUACUGUUCUUAUUAGUCAGUCCCCCCCACCAUGUCACCCUUCAUCUUACUGGUAUCAGAGAAGGAAAUCUUCGAAGAACUUCCUGGUGGAGAACUAAACUGUGUGAUGAAAGAAAACAAUUUAGUGUUAACUGGGGAACCUUGAGGUAACUGUGAUCAUUUUCCCUCGAUGAAAUAAGGUUCUCAUUCAAGGAUUCUGCAGAGCUGACUGGAUGGGAAAUGUUUUGUUAUACGCUAGCUAGAUUUAUAUAACUUUGUAAUUUUUAUAUGCUAUUCUUUUAUACAGGAAAAGGAUCCUAACUCUUUGUACAUUGUUAACAGAACCAUGGUAUGGAGUACCUUUUAUGUACUUAAAUAGGGGAUAUAAAAGGAGAAGGAAUGGAGAAUGAUAAAUAUGUAGAUAAUGAAAUAUAUAGAAUAUUAUGCAUUUGUGUGAAAAUAUGGAUUUUGUAUAAUAUGUUUAUUAAAUGGUCUUUGGAUACUUGCUCAUUAUUAUACUGUACUUCAAACUUUGUUAUUGCUAUAAAUGUAUUUGUAUAGAUUUUGCCCACAUUUAUUUUGAAUAACCAUUCUAUUCCCAGCUUUCAAAAUCAAUUCUCAUGAUCAUAAUCGUCCCAUGAAAUACUGGUAUGCCAGACACAGUAAAAUUACACAUUAAACUAUUCUUUUGAAUUGAACAGCAGUAGUAAGUAAUUCAUAUUUGCUAUAAUGUAUUAUUCAUGAUCGUAUUAAAUACUGCUAUGGUAAUACCUAUAUCUCUAAAAGGAACUUCAAAUUGGUUAUUAAAUGGUGGGGGAACACAAGAGACAAGAAAAAAUUAAAGCCCACGUAAAAUAAACCUUGUUAAUCUAUCUACCUUUUUUAUUAAAAGUAAAAAGGAGUGUAAAAAUAUUGGUUCUGAAAUACUUUUAACUUAAAUCAACUAAAUUUUCUGGUUCAUCAUUAUUUUUCAUCGUUUCCAUUGGUAGUGCAAUACAACUCUUCAUUAUAGGAAUGGUUGUACUCUUUUCAUAAAGCAGUCAUUAAUAGGGAUUUUUGAUAGCAGUAUACACCUACCAAAACAGUGUAGGAUACAAUUAAACUGUUUUUUUAAUAUCUUUAGUUUUAUUAUUGACUCUGCCUAACUAAUACACAUUGGAAUGUACAUAAAUAUACAUAAUUUACACUUAUACAACUCACCAAAUUAGAACAGAUUCAUACCUGUACAUUUAAUAAUAUUUUAAAAGUAGUAUCCCUACUAUCUUUUAAGGAAGUUGUUUUCAUACAUGUACCACAACCAAACAAAAAAAAUCUACGGGAGAAACCAAACAAACAAACAAAAAAAUCUUUACCAUCCUUGUUGUUUACUAAAAUCACUUGUUACCUGCUAUUUAAACUUUGAUUACUAGAGGAUAAAUUCGUUAAAAUUCAUUUACAACCUUUAAAUUUUUUAUAUUUUUUUCUUGUCUAAAGCUAAUACUGAUGGACUGGCUUUUGUGCAUGGUAACAGCUGGUAAUGCAGAUAGUCUAUAGCUAAUAUUUUCACCUGGUGUAACUGGAUCAAGUUCUUAAACAUCUGGGAAUGUGAAAACAAAGAAAAACACGUCCCUUUUCAUGACAUACCAAUGAAAACUAUGAGGAAAAUAAACAACCUACCCCCCCAAAAAAGUAUUCAUAUAUAUUCAUACAUCUAUCAACAUUUUAAACAUAUUUUCUGUGGUAUUUGGGAAAGAAGAAAAAAAAAAAAA